AACCCCGAAUCCACACGUUUGGAUAAUCAAGGCGAACCCUAUGAUUUUUUCGUUCUUAUUAUUAUCUCACGGUUUCUUUCUUUGUAUUUCUCACUUCCAAUUCUCGCUUCCGUUCCACACUGCCAUCAUUUCAGCUCCUCAGGCCUAAUAGCAUUUGAUUUGGAUUCCCUUUUUUUUUUUUUUUUUCCUUUUCUUUCACCCGGUUAGCUCAAGUUUUUAUUUUCUCCUCGAUUCAUUUUUAUUUGCAUUUUUUGGGGUUUUCAAUAUUCCUACUGUUUCGCUGGCUGCUGAUUGUCGGUCUUUUGAAAGAUUUGUUUUUAUUUGGUGCUUUAUACACAGGUUGUGUUGAUUUUUAAAUCUUGUCUCUGAUUAAUUGCAAAGCUUUGGUUGUUCUUUAACUGGUUUGGGUUGGUUUGAUUUGUGAUUUGGGUCGGUGGUGUUUGUGGGAUUUGUUGAGUCUGUCAAUGGGUGCUUUGGAUGAGGGGCAUUUCCACGUGGAGCUUGAGAAUGGGGUGAAACUGAGUGGCCUCGAGCUUGGUUUUGAGCAAGAACCUGAGACUCGCACUAUUGAAGAUGCUGUCAAAAUUCUCCUGCAGGGCUUAGGUGAAGAUGUCAAUAGAGAAGGUCUCAAAAAGACCCCUCUUCGCGUCGCUAAGGCUCUCUAUGAAGGAACAAGAGGUGCCUACUAUCGUUAUUCACUUUAUUCUGGUUACAGACAAAAUGUGAAAGACAUUGUUCAAGGUGCUUUGUUCCCUGAAGUAGGUUUAGAUAAUGGAAUUGGUCAUGCAGGAGGAGUAGGUGGGCUUGUGAUUGUUCGGGAUCUUGACCUCUUUUCUUACUGUGAAUCUUGUUUGCUUCCAUUCCAAGUUAAGUGUCAUGUUGGUUAUGUGCCCUCUGGUCAACGGGUUCUGGGAUUGAGCAAGCUCUCCAGAGUAGCUGAUAUCUUUGGAAAACGGCUCCAAGACCCACAGCGUCUUGCAGAUGAAGUGUGUUCAGCUUUGUACCAUUGGAUCAAGCCAGCUGGUGUUGCUAUCUUACUGCAAUGCUUACACCUCCAUUUCCCAAAUCUGGAGUCAGCCUUUCAGUACACUGAUCACCAAGGUUGGGUGAAGGCACAGGUUUGUUCAGGUACUGGUGUUUUUGAAGAUCAAGAUGCAGAUGUUUGGAGUGAUUUUUUGAGCCUCCUGAGAUUCAGAGGAGUAAAUGUGGAUAAAACUGAUGUGAAAGACUAUACUGAAAUAGGUUGGUGUCCAUCCCAAGCUCUGUUAACUGCAAAAAUUUCUUCUAAGCUAGAACCAGUCAACCAAGGAAUGGUUGCUGCAGUUACUUCAAUUCUCAGUUCUCUGGGGGAAGAUCCAUCAAGGCAAGAACUUUUAGGAACUCCUAGUCGUUUUGUGAAGUGGUUGAUGAACUUUCAGAACACAAAUCUGGAGACGAAGUUGAAUGGUUUUCCUUGUGGGAGACUUGAUAUUCUUAAACCCACUGGAGAACUCAGUUGCAAUAUGGAGCAUAUACAUUCUGAGCUUGGCUUACCAUUUUGGUCUCAAUGUGAGCAUCAUUUACUUCCUUUUUAUGGCGUCGUACAUAUUGGGUUCUUCAGUUCCGAAGGAUUUAGUCCAAUUGGAAAACCCCUUUUACAGUCAGUAGUACAUUUUUAUGGUUUCAAACUUCAAGUACAGGAAAGACUCACUAGGCAGAUUGCUCAGACGGUUUCACCACUCUUAGGGGGGGAUGUGAUGGUAGUUGUGGAGGCUAGCCACACCUGUAUGAUCUCCAGAGGGAUUGAGAAGUUUGGAAGUAGUACUGCAACUAUUGCCGUACUGGGUCGAUUUUCAACUGACCCUGCUGCCAGGGCAAUGUUUUUGCAGAGUAUUCCAAAGACUACAUUGGGAGGUUGAUAAUUGGAACCGGCCAAUGGAUGUUUUAUGUUAUAGAAACACAUAGAUAACUCCAUUUCUUUGCCAUUUUGAUGGAUGCAUGUGCAUCUGCGGUGGUGCAGCUGUGCAGGCAUGGCAGGGUAAUUUGUGAUAGACCUGUCAUGGUUGACUCUAGCGAUUCUUGGCCCCUUAUCACUUAUUUUUAGGUUCAACUUCUACCUAUUUCACUGUAGCAUAAACCCUUUUCGAAAGAAAUUUUGAAGGGCAUGCCAUUUUUCCAUGAUUUUUUUUCUGUUACACCGUUUUUCUUUUUCCAGUCAUGUUCCCGAUGGUGGAAGUUCAAAUAUUUACUUAACAUGGAAAUGAAAAAAAAAAGUUUAGAUUUGUGAUUC